GACUAGAAUUUUUCCAAGAGAACGUGUGGCAACAGAGGUGUUGGUACAGUGCUGGAAUUAACCGUUGGAGCUCCACUGGAAUGUCCCGUUGCCUUAGACGCGACUUUUGCUCGCUUGUGUGUUGAAAGUGGAGCUAUUUAUUUAAAAUUUUGUUUUUACGGAAGAUAGGUACAGCUAAGUCUCAUCAAGCAAUUAUUUCUCCCACUUACGCCCCGGGUCGUUUUCAAUCAAGAGCAAAAGGGAAGCACCACUGUGAAAAAUGAAAAAAAAAGAAAAAGCAGAGGGCACAUGGCCCCAGUGCCCCACCAUUACUCACGACAAAGCAACAGCUUUAUUUUGUUUCAAGCGGCGGCCCAUUUCAUCUUGACCAUGCUCACGCCUAUAUCUAGAAUUCUGCUGUCUACAGGGUCGCUUGUCAGAAGACGUCGAUUAAGUAUUGAAAUUUUUAAUUAACUAGAGCCCGAGCAUGAUGCCCUGUAAUGCAACGGACAAAUUUUGCCUCAGAAAAAACUCCCUCAUAAUUGAAAGAAGAGAGCUCAGCAGAAGCAGCAGAAGGCAAAGGCAUCGGCAAUGGCGGUGAAGCAGCUGGAGGUGGUGGUUGUGUUCUUUUGCCUUGCACUUGCGCUUGCACUUGCACUUGCACUUGCAGUUUGCAUUUAACACAUGGGUCAAACGCACAAUGGCUCUUCAUUGACUUUCCCUUGUGCAUAUAUUUCUGCAGUUGACACUGGUUGCCCUCUUGAGUUUGGCAACCUGGAUUUCAAAGAAGUAAUCUCUGCAUGCUUUGGCCCAGACAGAGGAAGAUGCUGCCGUUUUGUUAAUGCUGUAGUUGCCAUCUCUAUGUCAAGAUACACAAAUGCUACAAGUCAGCUUGCGAUUCCUUCAUCAUCUUCUGAGAAGUGCCUCAAGGCAAUAUCCACCACUCUGCAGACAAAUGGUCUGCCAUCCAAUGCAACAGCCUUCUGUGGCUUGGGUUCAAAAAUUGCCACCAAUUUUCAUUGUAAGGGGCGUACGAAUAUAGAGGAAAUGGAGAGCACACCAAGGUUCCAGGAAGUACAGUUGAAGUGUGUAAAGCCACUUUCUUCAUCAGCUGAAAACUGCAGAGAGUGCUUGAAUGCCAGUAUUACAUUUCUUCGCAAUCUUGGAGGUACAGAAGAUAAUAUGACUUUUAGUAUAUGCAGGGAUGCUACCUUUGUUACUAUUGCAAGCUAUGGGGAUUCAGACUUUGCGAAUGACAAAGCAAGCUGUUUCUUUAAUGUGACAGGUCUUGAACAUAAACCUGUCUUGACAUGGAAGCCACCUGCAUCAGCUCCUUCAGCUUCAGCAUCAUCAUCUCCAAGGCCAAACCCAGCACACUCUCCUACUUCUGAUCAUUCUAGUGUUGCUAUUAUAAAGAAAACUCAUUCGUCAUCUCAUUUGGCUGUAAUUCUUGGAGUUGGAAUUGGAGUUACAAUAGCAUCACUUUCACUGUCAUUGCUAUUGAUAAUUCUCAUAGAUAGAAAAAGGAAAGAGUUGAAGAAAUCUAAGGAUACUAAUCCAUCUCAUUGGAAUAAAACUCUGGCAUUGAAUACAUGUGAUAAAUUGCACGAUUGGAGAAAUGGCCCAUCAUCCAACUUUAAACGCUUUAGCCGCAAGGAGAUAAGAAAGGCAACUGAUGAUUUCAGUACAAUUAUCGGCAGGGGUGGAUUUGGCACUGUUUAUAAAGCUCGAUUCAAUGAUGGGCUUGUUGCUGCUGUGAAGCGGAUGAACACGAUUGCUCAACAAGAUGAGUUCUGUAAAGAGAUGGAACUAUUGGGUCGGUUACAUCAUCGCCAUCUGGUCACGCUGGUGGGAUUCUGUGCAGAGCGACAUGAAAGGUUCCUUAUCUAUGAAUACAUGGAAAACGGAAGUUUAAAAGAGCAUCUUCAUGCUCCCACAAAAGCUCCAUUGAGCUGGCGGAUCAGACUUCAAAUUGUGAUAGAUGUGGCUGCAGCUUUGGAGUAUCUGCAUUUUUACUGUGAUCCUCCUUUAUGUCACAGAGACAUCAAAUCCAGUAACAUUUUGUUGGAUGAGAAUUUCGUUGCAAAGGUAUCUGAUUUUGGCCUUGCUCAUGCUUCGCGAAGUGGUGCUAGUAAAUUUGAGCCAAUUAAUACAGAUGUUCGUGGGACUCCAGGAUAUAUGGACCCAGAAUACCUUGUUACCCAGGAAUUAACAGAAAAGAGCGAUGUAUAUAGUUACGGUGUGUUGCUGCUUGAAAUUAUCACUGCUAGACCAGCAGUUGAAGAGAACAAGAACCUGGUGGAAUGGGCCCAAAAAUUCAUUUUGGAAGAUUCUAACUUAUCUCGGAUGGUGGAUCCUAAUCUGGAAAAUAUAUAUGAUUAUGAAGAACUCCAGUGUCUUGUCAACAUUGUAAGAAUGUGUACACAAAGGGAGGGCAAAUCACGACCUUCUAUAAGGCAUGUUCUCCAACUUCUGUAUGAUAGACUAGACAUUACGUGUCCAAACUCUGCAUUGAUAGCUCUAGAUGAAGAUGAAGAUAAAGAUGAUGAAUCCAAAGCCAUUCACAGAAACAAGAGGAAGAUACAAAUAGAGCCAUUUACAGAUGGAAACGACUUUAGUGGUGAAGUCAGGUGCAUGGACUCUUCUCCGAAUACUUCCCAAUCUUAUUGUAGCAAAAGUUUUCUCCUUGACUGUACCUCACCUGGAUCUCAGUAAAAACACCUGAAAUACUUAAUAAACUCUUUACAUUGUCAACACCUACUCUGUACAACUGCUUCUCAUUACAAUCAUAGAAACGAAUGUCAUUUCUCCCCAGCAUAUUUCGACACUGCUGAGGAGGUGAUGCUUAUAUUAAAAGAGACGAUUAACUUGUAUAAUAUUAUUUCCAAAAGAGGAUUUGUAGUAUUCUGGGUAAAGAAAAUUUGCGUUUCUGUUGGCAGCUUGUAAUAAUAGGAUUUUCUUGUUCCUGAGAUUUCUCCAAAAGAGCCAUGAUAAUUCCCGCUCAUUUUCCUAAGGGCUGUAACUGUUCUCAUUUACGUUGGUUUUCAUUGGCAAAUCUAAUGAAACAAGCAUCGUACUAAUCAGUUUUAUA